AUGAAGCUCAACACCACCGGUGCGCUAGCCCUCUUGGCAGCCGUUGAGAUCGGCAGGGCCGCGCCCGCUCCCACACCAGCGCCUACACCAGCGCCGACUCAGGCUCAUUUUGACCGUUACAGUGCUUCCCCCCCCCAGCCGACGCCCGUGCCGGUCCAGCCCCGCGGCCUCGGCGACGACCUGUCCAGCUACGUCAAGAGCUUAGGGAGUGACAUUGACAGCAAGAUCUCGUCGCUCGUCGGCGACGGCCUGCUCAACUUUCCGCACGGCUUCCCGACGGGCACUGCCGUAGAGAGCGCCCUAGGCAUCACGGCCGGCGCGCUCGAUGCGCAGCCCACGCGGGUGCUCAACCUGCCUGCCUAUGCAAACUGGACAGACAACGGCUGGAACGUCCGCGUACGGGGCAACGUGUACAAGGUGCCAGACGUGAGUCAGGAUACCAUUGAUCAUUUGGCCGACGGUUUUCUGGUCGGGACAAGUGUCAAGGACCUUGCGGAGAAUGAAAAGACGCAGGCGCGCAACUUGACGAGGGAAAUCUUUGUCGUGCAACAGGGUCAUGAUAAUGUGACUGUGCGGUUUGUCGUGCCCAGCAGCAAUGCGUCUUCUCCACGGGGAGGCGCCUACGUCAACGCCAAAGGCGGUGGCCAGGAAUUCACACUGCCGUAUGAAACUACAGCCGAGGGCGACUUUGACGUCUUCGUCCCGCUCCGCAACGAAUCCAGCAGAACAAACGGCACCAACGCCUACCUUGUCCCCGGCAAUGCGACAGAGGCAAUCCAGACGCUCACCAUGUACGUCAACGGGACCGACACGGGCAACGCGACCGCCUACCUCGUGCCGCCAAAGGGCGUGACUAUCGUGUCCGAUAUUGACGACAUCCUGCGCGUUACCAAAAUCUACAAGCCCAAAGACGGGCUCCUCAACACCUUUGCGCGGCCGUUUGUCCCUUGGAUGAACAUGCCCGACAUCUACAGCAACUGGUCCUCGUCGGCUCUCACCUCGCUCCAUUUCCACUACCUCACGACGACGCCCGAGCAGGGCACACGGCCGUACAUGGACUUCAUUUUCUGGACUUACCCCGCCGGCUCCUUUGACACGCGCCCACUCAACUUCUCCAACACCAAGGAAACGCUCGCCAUCCGGCGCUUCCUGCUCGACCGCCUGUUCCAGACGUUUCCGCAGCGCACGUUUGUGCUCGUCGCCGACACGAGCAACGCCGACGUCAUGAAGGCGUACCCGGCCAUGUACAAGGACUACCCCGGCCGCGUGAGCUGCAUCCUGCUGCGCAACACGUCGGCGACGGACAGCGACGACAAGCUGCCGUACAAUACCCAGGGCUUCAAGGAUAUCCCGCAGGAUAAUUACAUGUUCUUCAAGAUCCCGGAGGACCUGACCGGCCUGGACAUUGAGAACGGAAGGUGCUGGAAUGCAUCGGUGCCGCAGAACGUGACCUUUGCCGAGCAGGGCCUGCCGCUGGGCUUGGGCAAGAAGAGCGAUGCGGUCAACACGGUAUCGCCGGGGUAUGCGCUGUCCGCGGUCGUUUUGGUGGCGGCUUUGAUGGUGUUUUUGUAA